AUGGAAGACACAAAAGUGCAGAUAGAGACACACCACACUUUCAACAACGGAAUCAAGAUCCCAAAGAUCGGUCUUGGCAGUGCAUACAUAGACUCAUCUGAUGAGAUCUACACAGCUGUUGCCGAAUGUGGCUAUAGACACAUUGACACAGCUAGCUUUUACUUCAAUGAGGAGAUUAUUGGUGAAGCACUCCAAAAGAUCUACAAGGAAACUGAUAUCAAGCGUCAGGACCUCUUCAUUACUUCGAAGAUUUGGGGACAUCAGAAGAAAGAUGUCAGAGGUGCAGUCACUGAGUCGCUCGAGAAGCUUCAGACUGAUUACCUGGAUCUCUAUUUGAUCCACUGGCCAGUGGCUUAUGAAGAAGCUGAGGACGGCACCAAAGUGCUGGCCAAGAUCCCCAACCAUGUGGUGUGGGCUGAGCUAGAGAAACUGGUUGAUGAAGGAGUGAUUAAGAGCAUCGGAGUGUCAAACUUCAAUGUACAGAGUUUACUAGAUAUGCUUGCUUACUGAAGAAUUAAACCGGUUUGAAAUCAGAUUGAGCUCCAUCCAUAUCUUGUUCAAGAAGAACUGGUCAAGUUUAUGAUAGAUAACGAGAUAGUCCCUAUUGCAUUCUGCCCAUUGAUUAGAGGAGGAAAUGAAAACAUGAAAGGACCCAAGGAUGUCCUCGAGCUAGAUCUAAUUCAAGAGCUUGCCACAAAGUACGCCAAAACUCCUGGCCAGAUCUUGUUGAACUGGGGGCUUCAGAGAGGGCACCUAAUCAUCCCGAAAUCAUCCAAGAAAUCAAGACUUUUGGAAAACUUAGACUCAAACUCAUUCGUCCUGGAGAAGGAGGAUGUGGACAAACUAACCGCUCUCAAUUGUGAUUGGAGGAUUUGCGACAGUAAAAAUUGUGAUUUCCUCUUAAACUACAAUAUUUUCAGAUAA